CGAUUACUCGAUUUUCUAUCUGAUUCAGUCGUCCGCUGGUAGUCGUGGCGAGUGGUCGCGUCACUCGUUCUCAAGUUUCGCGAGUGAUAAACCCGUGCUGAUAAAUUCCUUGUUGGAUUUUGCUAUAAUCUCUUCGAAGCGACGGACGUCGCUCGGAAAUCAACAACCCGUAAGCUCUAUGACGCGGAGCCAGCGCAAACAUAUAUAAAAACUAAAACAAUAUGUCUUCGAAGGCUAUAUAUGAAGCCGCCGGCAAGGAUCUUAUAAACAGGCACAUAGGCCCCGGAACAGCUCUGGUGCCAUGCAGGUUCGCAGUAUUCGAACAGGGCACUAUAUGGGAGGAUGAGCUCGGCAAGAACCCCUGGCUGACCAAGGAGCAAUUGGUGGUGAAGCCCGAUCAGCUGAUCAAGCGUCGUGGUAAGCUCGGUCUGGUCGGUGUAAACAAAACGGCCGCGGAGGUGAGGCGUUGGCUCUCCGACCACAGCGGCAAGGAACAGGCAGUUGGUGCGGCUUCCGGGAAACUGAGGCGUUUCGUCGUCGAACCCUUCGUUAAACAUGAGCCGAGCGAGGAAAUGUACCUGUGCAUCCAGUCGGGGCGUCGCUCCGACACCAUCUUGUUCCACCAUCAGGGAGGAGUCGACGUGGGGGAUGUGGACGCGCUCGCCAUCAGACUUGACGUGCCGGUGGACACGUUCCCGUCCGGUGAAGAAAUUGACCGCGUUCUGUUGAAGAACGUUAAAUCGACGACCGCAAAACGGAUUUUGACAACAUUCAUUCUAUCCUUGUACCGGGUGUUCGUCGAUCUAUACUUUACGUACAUGGAGAUAAAUCCAAUAGUGGUCACCAACGAGCGUGUGUACUUGCUCGACUUGGCCGCCAAGCUGGACCAGACGGCGGACUUCAUCUGCGCCAAGAACUGGGGCGAGAUCACCUUCCCGCCGCCCUUCGGCCGCGACGCGUAUCCCGAAGAAGCCCACAUCGCGGACUUGGAUGCCAAGAGUGGGGCCAGUCUUAAGCUGACGGUGCUGAACAAGGCGGGGCGCGUGUGGACGAUGGUGGCGGGCGGCGGCGCGUCGGUGGUGUACACGGACACCGUGUGCGCGCUGGGCGCGUCCGCCGAGCUCGCCAACUACGGGGAGUACUCCGGCGCGCCCACCGAGAGCCAGACCGCCGACUACGCGAAGACCAUCUUCAGCCUCAUGUGCCGCGACAGGCAUCCCAAGGGGAAGGUGCUGAUCAUCGGCGGUGGUAUAGCGAACUUCACAAACGUCGCUGACACCUUCCGUGGUAUCAUCACGGCGAUCGAGACUUACAAGGACGCUCUGCUGCAGUACAACGUGACCAUAUUCGUAAGAAGAGGUGGUCCCAACUACCAGGAAGGGCUCAGGCAAAUGCGUGAAGUCGGUCACCGGCUCCGUAUCCCCAUGUACGUGUUCGGCCCCGAGAGCAACAUGACGGCCAUCGUGCGUCUCGCGCUCGGACACGCACCCAUCCCGCCCGACCACCAGCUCGACUACGCGCCCAAGCAGCUACCCAAGCCGGAGCCGCCGCCGCCGAGCAAGGUGGACCUGCCCGUGGUGACGGACUCGUUGCUGGACUUGGCGUGCGCGUCGGCACCCACCCGGCUGGACCUGGGUCAGCAGCUGUCCACCGCACGAGCGCUCUUCAGUGACCGCACGAAGGCCAUCGUAUGGGGUAUGCAGAACCGUGCCAUACAGGGUAUGCUGGAUUUCGACUACAUCUGCCGUCGCUCGGAGCCGUCCGUGGUGGCCAUCGUGUACCCCUUCACGGCUGACCACAAGCAGAAAUACUACUUCGGGAACAAGGAGGUCUUCAUUCCAGUGUUCAGCGAUAUGGACGUGGCGAUGCGCAAGCACCAGGAGGCGACCGUGCUCGUCAACUUCGCGUCGCUGCGCUCCGCCUACGACAGCACCAUGCAGGCGAUGCAACACCCUCAGAUCAACACGAUCGUUAUCAUCGCGGAGGGCAUCCCUGAGAACAUGACGCGGAAGAUUGUCAAGUUGGCUGAUGCGAGAGGGGUGAACAUCAUCGGGCCGGCAACGGUCGGUGGCAUCAAGCCGGGCUGUUUCAAGAUCGGAAACACGGCCGGCAUGAUCGACAACAUCGUCGACAGCAAGCUCUACCGUCCUGGCAGCGUCGCGUACGUAUCCCGUUCGGGAGGUAUGAGUAACGAGCUGAACAACAUACUGUCGAAGGAAGCUGACGGCGUGUACGAGGGUGUCGCCAUCGGUGGUGACCGCUACCCCGGCACUACAUUCAUCGACCACUUGCUCAGAUACGAAGCGGACCCGAACGUGAAGAUGAUGGUGCUGCUGGGAGAGGUGGGUGGAGUGGAGGAGUACCACGUGUGUCGUGCCAUCCGCGACGGUCGCCUCACCAAGCCGCUAGUCGCCUGGUGCAUCGGGACCUGCUCUGACAUGUUCACGUCGGAGGUGCAGUUCGGCCACGCGGGCUCGCUGGCGGGCUCGGCGCUGGAGAAGGCGGCCGCCAAGAACAUGGCGCUGCGGCAGUACGGCGUCGAGGUGCCCGACUCCUUCGACACGCUGGGCGCCGCCGUCAACAAGGUUUAUAAGAGGCUGGUAUCGGAGGGCAAGAUCAUUGUGAAAGAGGAAGUGGAGCCACCCAAGGUCCCCAUGGACUACGACUGGGCAAGGAAACUGGGCAUCAUCCGCAAACCAGCGGCCUUCAUCAGCACCAUUUGCGAUGAGCGCGGUCAGGAGCUCAGCUACUGCGGCGUCCCUAUCAGCGCUGUGCUCGAGAGGCAGCUCGGCGUCGGAGGUACCAUCAGUCUGCUGUGGUUCCAACGCGAGCUGCCCGACUGGGCGAGCAAGUUCUUCGAGUUGGUGCUAAUCGUGACGGCGGACCACGGACCGGCGGUAUCUGGAGCCCACAACACCAUGGUGACGGCGAGAGCGGGAAAGGACCUCAUCUCCUCCGUCGUCAGCGGACUGCUAACCAUCGGGGACCGGUUCGGGGGCGCGCUGGACCGCGCCGCGCUGGACUUCUGCGCCGCGUACGACCGCGGACAGCACCCGCAGGAGUUCGUCAACGAGAAACGGGCCAAGGGGGAGCUCAUCAUGGGCAUCGGACACAGAGUGAAGUCGAUCAACAACCCGGACUCGCGCGUGCGUGAGCUGAAAGCGUACGUGACGUCACGCUGGCCCGCCUGGCCCGUGACCCGCUACGCGCUGGACGUGGAAGCCAUCACCACCCGCAAGAAGCCGAACCUGAUCCUCAACGUGGACGGCAUCGUGGCCGCCGCCAUGGUCGACCUCUUCAGACACUGCCAGCUUUUCACUCAGGAGGAAGGCAACAACUACAUCGCGAUGGGCUCAAUCAACGCGCUGUUCGUUCUCGGCCGGACCAUCGGGCUGGUGGGCCACUACCUGGACCAGAAGCGACUCAAGCAGCCGCUGUACCGCCACCCAUGGGACGACAUCACCUACAUGUCGCCGCUCAACUGAACGCUCCGCUCGGACCACACAUAGUUAAUAUACAGUAAGCUGCUUUCCGACAGGAGGCGCUAGUAGUCGUGCUUCGAUUCGUUACGGUUAACAAUAUUAUAGAGAUACAAUAUUCAAUCGAUGAUUUCGCGAACAAUGAAAAUACAGGGAAACAAAAAAUGUAUAUAAACUAUCAUCAUAACGAACAGCGCCACCUGUCGAGCGAUUUAGUUAGUUGUUAUAAAUCGUAUAAGCAAUGUAUAGGUAAUGUUUAGAGGGAUAUAACUAAUAGUAGCUUGUAUUCAGUUUUAUCAUUUCUGACACAGCUUUGUAAUGUACGAUGUAACAAAUAAGUGCACAUUCAGACGGACGGUCACCGUCAUGUGUGGCCGUUGUGUGAAUGUAGCCUAACACGUCAUUUAUGUAACGCAUUCCAUUCUGUAAUAGUUCAUUUUACAAGUCUAUACAAGGUGUUUAUAAAUAUUGGAUUUCGACAUUUUACGGAGGCGCGACCUCUGGUGGCUUCAAUGAGAACUAAUAGAGCUUGUCCGACUAAGGGCCUAUUCACAAAACUAAUUGUAGAAAAAAAAUACUUAUUAAUGGUAGGUCUUAUUAUGAAAAUGGUAUAUAUAAUCUUAAAUAUGGAGACUAAGUAAGUCUUGAUGUUAUUACAAUUAUAGAGGUCAUCGAAAUUAUAUUAAAGCGUAGAAAAUAUAUUCAUAUUGAAAAUGUCGAAACCUAAUAAAAAUAUUUUUAUGACAUUAUAUAAUAAUUAUUAUUAGGCCACAAAAAUAUAAAUAAUUUUAUUAAAUGUUACUUUAGAUAAUUCAAUGUGUCUAAUAAAUUAAAUAUAUUUACUUAAUUUAUUGAUUUUGAUAUUGCGAUCAUUUUAUUUUAACGUCCAAACUUAUAUAUUCUAACUUAUAUUGUUUAAAGCAUUUCAAAUGUGAGAAAUGAAUUAAUGAUUAUAAUGUUUUCAAGUCUUAUUGCCAUUUCAAAUGUAGCGAACUCUGGUUACGUCGAAUAUUAUUGUAAUAGUGACAUUACAGUACAGUCACUCGUAAUGUAACACAUUACAUUUGUGUACAGAGUGUCGACGUAUCGAGCGCUUUUAACAUCCGUGUGUAAUGUAAUGUUAUGUAAUGUAUAAUAAAAAAUGUAACGUGGUCGAUGCGAGUCUCGCUCAGCCUUAUAUCGCACGCAUACGCUCUUGGUACUAAAUUCCUCCCCUUAGUUCUGUGCGUAUUCGUGGGAGGGAUUUUUUGACAAGAAUUAUUUCGCUUUUCGAUACUCCUUCGUUAAAUAUAUGAAUGUAAUAAAAAUUGUUGAAAACGAAUGUUUGACAUGAAAUUGUUGCCAACGCAUAAUAAUAAAUAGUUAAUUUUGAUAUAAUUACGAAUGAACACUUUUUUUUUUUUUUUGUUAAAUCUGUAAAGGCUUGAAUAAUACAAAUUUGAAUGGUGUGUAAUGGCAUGUGUUUCAACCCGAUAGCGAUAGAUGGCGCUCAUUCAAUAUGUCAAUUUUCUGAACCGCGCUGUCUAAAUGUUCGCUAUUGGCAAUAUAUAGUGUGGAACAAUAAUUGUCAAUUGAUCAGACUAAAAUUGAUCAAUUGAUCAAUCAACUGGUUGAUAUUAUAUGAGCCGUCUAUAGCUUUCGGCUCGUAACACAUUCCAUUAUACUUCAUAUUAUCUUUGAUGUCUUUGUAUGGAACUGCUACCUAUGAUAUCGACGCCUCGUCAGCGCUGAUUCGCGCACCUCUCGAAUAUAUUUAAAAUAUAAUUUUUUUUUGUAACGGAGAUCUUGUGAAGAUUUCAAAAUUGAUUUUUAAAUAUUAAUAUUUUAAGGAUAAAUAUCACAUGUAAUGUUUAUAUUUGUUGAGCGGGAAUUUGUUUUUAAAAUUAUUGUAUAGAAUAUCGUAAUAUAUGGAAUAACGUUUCGUUCGUUUAAAAAGUCUUAUUAUUUCGCGAUUUACGCCUGGUUUCUGUAACAGAUAAAACUAUUCGUUUUGCCAACGGAUAGUAAACCUAUCGUUAUACGGAGCGUUUGAAUAACGCUUCAUAAAGAUAAAAAUAAUAAAAUAUUCAAUAAAGUAGCCGGACGUUAUGAUUUAACAAAACCGCUAAACAGGUAGAGUCGCGGUCUCGGCGAGGCGUUCCCUCGAAUAGUUGUAAGCGAUGUUUGUCUAAUCUUUAUUUAUUGGUAUAUUUGCGACUGGCCGGUGUCUGUACAUAUUGGAGUUUGUCAACUUAUUUAAAUAUAUUUUUUUAUUAACAGUAA